AAUACAGUAAUAUACAACAAUAGUUUCGAGCACUACAGGUCCACAACUCUCUCUCAGUAGUCCUAUAAUAAGGCACCUCCAUCAGAUCACGCGCAGUUGAGUUCCUUGGUGAGCAGCUGAAAGCACAAAGGACGGACAAAUCAUGCUGGUGGUGAGCAUGGAAGAGCAUCCAAUGGGCGCCGUAGUCCUGGCGCUCAUUAUUGCGGCCGUCGCCGCCGUGUCCUUGCAGCACCUCAUCUCCCGGCGAGCCUCCCGUCGUCUUCCCCCUGGCCCGACUAGCCUCCCAGUGAUCGGGCACCUCCACCUGCUCCGGCCGCCGGUGCACCGCACCUUCCAGGAGCUGGCUGCCCGGGUGGGGCCCCUGAUGCACAUCCGCCUGGGGUCCACGCACUGCGUCGUGGCGAGCACCGCGGAGGUGGCGAGCGAGCUGAUCCGCAGCCACGAGGGGAGCAUCUCGGAGCGGCCGCUCACGGCGGUGGCCCGGCAGUUCGCCUACGGCUCCGCCGGCUUCGCCUUCGCCCCCUACAACACCCACUGGCGCUUCAUGAAGCGCCUCUGCAUGUCGGAGCUCCUCGGACCCCGCACCGUCGAGCACCUCCGCCCCGUCCGUCGCGCCGGCACCGUGUCCCUGCUGCGGGCCGCGCUGGCGGCGGCCUCCUCGCCGGCGGCCGAACCCUUCGACCUCACCCGCGAGCUCAUCCGCCUCUCCAACACCUCCAUCAUCCGCAUGGUCGCCAGCACCGUGCCGGGGAGCGUCGCGGACGAGGCGCAGGAGCUCGUCAAGGACGUGGCGGAGCUCGUCGGCGCCUUCAACGCCGACGACUACAUCGCCCUCUGCCGCGGCUGGGACCUGCAGGGCCUCCGCCGGCGAGCCGCCGCCGUCCACCGCCGCUUCGACGCGCUGCUCGAGGAGAUACUCAGGCACAAGGAGGACGCCAGGGAGGCGAGGAAACUCCUCAUGCUCGACGACGACGGCGACGACGGCAGGAAGAAGGAGGCCGCGACGGCGACGAUGCACAAGGACCUGCUUGACAUCCUCAUGGACAAAGCCGAGGACAAGACGGCGGAGGUCAAGCUCACACGGGACAACAUCAAGGCCUUCAUCAUCGACGUGGUCACUGCUGGUUCGGACACGUCGGCGGCCAUGGUGGAGUGGAUGCUGGCGGAAUUGAUGAACCACCCGGAGGCCCUGCGCAACGUGGUGGCGGAGAUCGACGCCGUCGUCGGCGGGGACCGGAUCGCCGGCGAGGCGGACCUGCCGCGGCUGCCAUACCUGAUUGCGGCGUACAAGGAGACGCUGCGGCUGCACCCGGCGGCGCCCAUCGCGCACCGCCAGUCGUCGGAGGAGAUGCAGCUCCGAGGGUUCACCGUGCCGCCGCAGACCGCCGUGUUCAUCAACAUCUGGGCCAUCGGCCGCGACCCGGCAUUCUGGGAGGAGCCCCUGGCGUUCCGCCCGGAGCGGUUCAUGCCUGGCGGCGCCGCCGAGAGCCUGGAGCCCCGCGGGCAGCACUUCCACUUCAUGCCCUUCGGCAGCGGCCGCCGCGGAUGCCCCGGCAUGGGCCUCGCGCUGCAGUCCGUGCCGGCCGUGCUGGCGGCGCUCGUGCAGUGCUUCGACUGGGCCACCGCUGGCGGCGGCGACGACGACGGGGUCAAGGGCAUGCCGAUAGACAUGGAUGAGUCGGACGGCCUGGUGUGCGCUCGCAAGCACCCGCUCCUGCUCCGCCCCACGCCUCGCCUCAACCCCUUCCCGGCCGUCGUCUAGCUCCAUGGGCCCACACCGCGUUAGUGAUGACGAUGUCACUAUACAUUACCUACCCACCAUGGAAGGGCGAAGAGUGUGCAGAUGAGCAAGCAACGAAUCAGAAGCUAGGCAGCACCAUGGAUACGUACGAUGUGUGACAUCUAUUUGUCCUUGUCAUCCCUUGGUUGAGCAUCAACAUCAACUUGGCACUUUGGCAGUACACUGCGUUUUUAUUAAUUAAUAUUAUUAUUAA